GGAGCCAUGGGCGAGACCAAGAUCAUCUACCACCUGGACGGACAGGAGACGCCGUACCUGGUGAAGCUGCCGCUGCCCGCCGAGCGCGUCACUCUGGCCGACUUCAAGGGCGUGCUGCAGCGACCCAGCUACAAGUUCUUCUUCAAGUCGAUGGACGACGAUUUCGGAGUGGUGAAGGAGGAGAUCUCUGAUGACAGUGCCAAGCUACCCUGCUUCAACGGCCGCGUGGUGUCCUGGCUGGUAUCCGCUGAGGGCGCGCACCCAGAGCCAGCCCCCUUCUGCGCUGACAACCCCUCAGAGCUGCCACCAGCCAUGGAGCGCACAGGGGGCAUUGGGGACUCCCGGCCUCCAUCCUUCCACCCUCAUGCUGGCGGGGGCAGCCAGGAGAACCUGGACAACGACACAGAAACGGACUCCUUGGUGUCUGCCCAGCGGGAGCGGCCACGCCGGAGGGACGCCCCCGAGCACACAGCCCGGAUAAAUGGAACUUCAAAGGGGGAGCGGCGGCGUGAGCCAGGGGGCUAUGACAGCUCGUCCACCCUCAUGAGCAGCGAGUUGGAGACCACCAGCUUCUUUGACUCGGACGAGGAUGACUCCACCAGCAGGUUCAGCAGCUCCACGGAGCAGAGCAGUGCCUCACGCCUGAUGAGAAGACACAAGCGACGGCGGCGGAAGCAGAAGGUCUCGCGGAUCGAGCGGUCCUCGUCCUUCAGCAGUAUCACGGACUCCACCAUGUCACUCAACAUCAUCACGGUCACGCUCAACAUGGAAAAGUAUAACUUCUUGGGCAUCUCCAUUGUGGGUCAAAGCAAUGAGCGUGGUGACGGAGGCAUCUACAUCGGCUCCAUCAUGAAGGGCGGGGCAGUGGCCGCUGAUGGACGCAUCGAGCCAGGAGACAUGCUGUUACAGGUAAACGAGGUCAACUUUGAGAACAUGAGCAAUGACGACGCAGUCCGGGUGCUGCGUGAGAUCGUGCACAAGCCCGGGCCCAUCACCCUGACCGUAGCCAAGUGCUGGGACCCCAGUCCACGUGGCUGCUUCACACUGCCCAGGAGUGAACCCAUCCGGCCCAUUGACCCUGCAGCCUGGGUCUCCCACACCGCGGCCAUGACCGGCACAUUCCCUGCCUACGGCAUGAGCCCCUCCCUGAGCACCAUCACCUCCACCAGCUCCUCCAUCACCAGUUCCAUCCCUGACACAGAACGCCUAGAUGACUUCCACCUGUCCAUCCACAGUGACAUGGCUGCCAUCGUAAAAGCCAUGGCCUCCCCUGAAUCUGGCCUGGAGGUCCGUGACCGCAUGUGGCUCAAGAUCACCAUCCCCAACGCGUUCAUUGGCUCAGAUGUGGUGGACUGGCUAUACCACAACGUGGAAGGCUUCACGGACCGGCGGGAGGCCCGCAAGUAUGCCAGCAACCUGCUGAAAGCCGGCUUCAUCCGCCACACCGUCAACAAGAUCACCUUCUCCGAGCAAUGCUACUACAUCUUCGGUGACCUCUGUGGCAACAUGGCCAACCUGUCCCUCCAUGACCACGACGGGUCCAGUGGCGCCUCAGACCAGGACACGCUGGCCCCUUUGCCGCACCCUGGGGCUGCUCCCUGGCCCAUGGCUUUCCCGUACCAGUACCCGCCACCCCCGCACCCCUACAACCCACACCCCGGCUUCCCAGAGCUGGGGUACAGCUACGGUGGGGGCAGCGCCAGCAGUCAGCACAGUGAAGGCAGCCGGAGCAGCGGCUCCAACCGCAGCGGUAGCGACCGGCGGAAGGAGAAGGACCCGAAGGCCGGGGACUCCAAGUCGGGCGGCAGCGGCAGCGAGUCGGACCACACGACGCGCAGCAGCCUGCGGGGGCCACGGGAGCGGGCACCCAGCGAGCGCUCAGGCCCAGCGGCCAGCGAGCACAGCCACCGCAGCCACCACUCGCUGGCCAGCAGCCUGCGCAGCCACCACACACACCCGAGCUACGGGCCCCCCGGUGUGCCCCCGCUCUACGGGCCCCCGAUGUUGAUGAUGCCCCCGCCGCCUGCAGCCAUGGGGCCCCCGGGGGCCCCCCCGGGCCGCGACCUGGCCUCUGUGCCCCCGGAACUGACCGCCAGCAGACAGUCCUUCCGCAUGGCCAUGGGAAACCCCAGUGAGUUCUUUGUGGAUGUGAUGUGAGCAGGGCCCCUCCCCACUUCCGCGUCCCCCCUCCCACUUCCAUCUCCCCCCCAACCCCGGCUGCCUGCACCCCUUUCUCGUCAUCCUUUUUUUUUUUUUUUUUUUUACUUUCUCUGGUACCUGAAAGGGAAAUAAACGGAACUAAAUCCAGGCGCGCUAACUGCUCAAGGGGCGCACGGAGGGCGCAGUGCACCCACCAAUCGGCUCUGCAUCCCC